UGAGGAUGUACAUAUCACAGCCUGACCCGAUAUAACACAAGUAUAGUAAAAACGCUUGCCGUGCAAGUCACAGUGAUACACAAUUGCCACCGAGCCGCAAGGUGAUGCAUAUUUUCGGGCCCGGCGACAGUCAUACCUUUCUAUUCAUACAUGUCUUGAUCAUUGUAUCUUGCAAGGCUUCAUUCAUUUCCUCACUUCAAGAGAGGUUCCGGCUUCAGUCAUGGCACCCAGGAAUCGAGAUGAUAAUAUCAUGGACGUGGAUUCUGAUUCAGACAUCUCCUUACCCGGCGACCUCGAACACCGCGGGAAGGGAAAGGCAAAAGGCAAGGCCGCUGACAAGCGCAAGAAGGAUAAAGGCAAGGCGAAAGCGAAGGAGCAAGCUUACACUUGGGAGGCAUCCUACACGCGUUCAUGGGACACUGUACAGGAAGAUGAGGGUGGAAGUCUGCAAGGCGCGGUGGAGGAUCUUAUGGCGCGGGGGAGACGAAGGAGGUUGCUCGCACCCGCUGCUGCUAUCCGCCGUACGAUCAUCCGACAUCUGGUGCUCCUGCUCGAUCUUUCAGCAGCGAUGAUGGACCGCGAUAUGCGCCCGACUCGAUUUGAUCUCAUGCUUCAGUUCGCAAGGGAAUUUGUGGUAGAGUGGUUUGACCAGAAUCCUCUGGGACAGAUCGGCGUCGUUGGUAUGCGUGCCGGAAUAGGCGAAAGGAUUGGGGAGAUGUCUGGUAACCCGCAGGAUGUCCUCAAAUGUCUCAGCGAUAGAACUCGACUUGAGCCUACUGGAGAACCAAGCCUUCAAAAUGCCAUCGAGAUGGCACGAAGCAGCAUGAGUCACCUGCCCACUCACUCUUCACGGGAGAUGCUCAUUAUCUUUGGUUCACUGACGACCUGCGACCCUGGAAAUAUUCACGACACCCUAGAUGCCUGUGUAAAGAAUAAAAUACGCAUAUCUGUGGUCGCUCUGGCUGCAGAAAUGAAGAUUUGCAGGGAUCUAUGUGACAAGACUGGUGGUCAAUUUGGCGUGGCGAUGAACGAGGGGCACUUCAAAGACAUCUUGUUCGAGCUCGUUCCACCUCCUGCACAAAAAGCCGUCGCUCGCGCAGGAGGGCCAGGGGCAGCAAACCCAGCUGCCGACUUGAUGAUGAUGGGAUUUCCUACUCGACUUCCGGAUUCCUCACCACCAAGUUUAUGCGCCUGUCAUUCGGACAUGAAGAGCGAAGGCUUCCUCUGUCCAAGAUGCAUGGCGAAAGUGUGCGAUGUCCCAACCGAUUGCGACAUCUGUGGACUCAUGAUCGUGAGCUCUCCUCACCUGGCACGAAGCUAUCACCAUUUGUUCCCAGUGAAACCAUAUGAAGCUGUAACGUCGAUGGAGGGCAUAUCAGAGCCGGCGACUGCUUGCCAUGCAUGUGCCAGGGUAUUUUCGACUUCGGCGUCAACUGCGGCAGCCUCCGAGGGUAUCAGUCUCUGGGGUCGGUACCGCUGCGCUGAUUGUGAUAACAAUUUUUGUGCAGAGUGCGAUGUAUUUGUUCACGACGUUGUCCAUUGCUGCCCAGGGUGUGGCAAGUAGCAUAAGUACGACAGUUUAGAUUUUGUUUAGAUUGUAGCAGAUUGCAGCUCGUUAUUGCGGCAGCAAAUCGGAGCGGCGAAUUCGGCUUGCCCCGACGUUAUGUAAAUGAAAUGCAUUUACAAGGUUCGCGACC